AUGUUCCGCCUCCUACCCCUACCCCUCCGCCCGCGCGUCCGCGAAUCCGACGCCUACGACGACUUCCUAUCCCACUCCGGACUCACAUGCACCAAUACAUCCUGCACAAUCUGCACCUCGCUCGCCCGACUCGCAGCUUUCCACAGGACCAGCACGUCAGACAUUGACAUCUCGGCAUCCGGGCUCAUCGCGCCGGACAUGAAUGCGGCGCCAGAUGCCGAGGGCUGGGAGCAUGUUGAUGCAGCCGAGGGCGAGCCGGAUGUUGUUAGUGAGGGGGAGACGGAUGUCGAUGGGGAGAGUUCGGGUGCGAUUUCGCCGUGGGAGGGGGAGAGUGAUGAUGAGGAUGAAAGUGGAAGUGGAAGUGGAAGUCCGCCGAGCUCUGAUGGAGAGGAGCAGGUGCAGGAGUUGGAUAAUCCGCCUCCUGUGAUAACGUUUAAGCCCAGCUUGCCUUCCAAGGAGUCAGAGCCGGAUGAUGAAGAUGGGGAAGGCGGGCAGACACAGGGCAUUCCCUCGCGGAUACCCGGGAGGACGAAGGGUAAAGUUGGAUCCGGGGCUGGUGAAGUCCAGGUCGGGCCAGCGUCUGCAACGCAGACGGCGAACCGCGAGAGUCCUACCUGGGAUCCAGCGGGGACCGUCAUCGCUGGGGCGAUCUCGUUCUGGGGCGUUUAUAAGGGGAAGAAGGCGAGGGAGUGGGAGUGUUGA